AUGUCAACACCAGACUCAAACGUGCCCAUUUGGGUCUCGCAGCUGCGUUCGCCUCCAGCCGCCAAAGCCAAGGUGCCGGGCAUCCCCGAUCCCAUCGGCUUCUCCUCGGGCCCGUCUGCCUCCAAGAAACCAAGCAGGGAUGGCAAAGGCCAACCGCAGCCUCCUCGAAAGGCACCGACCGGCGAAGAAAUGGAAACGCUCAAGCUCAAAAAAGCAUGGGAACUCGCCCUGGGUCCCGUCAAGGCCCUUCCCAUGACCGUCAUCAUGAUGUACAUGUCGGGCAACUCGCUCCAGAUUUUCAGCAUCAUGAUGGUGUUCAUGGCAUUCAAGAACCCCAUUGCAGGCCUGAUGGCGACUAACCAGACCUUUGAGCGAUUCAAUACCGACAAGAACGCCGCCCAGAUCUUGCAAACCAAGUUGGUCUACGUGGCGAUGCAACUCGUCGCCCUGGGAGUUGGCAUCUGGAAGGUGAACUCGAUGGGACUGCUGCCGUAA